AUGGAACCAAUUAUUAUCAAAAGAAGUUCGGCUAUUGCUAUUUCACCGCAAAAAAUGAAUGUGGUGGCGGGAAUAAUCCGCAAAAAAAAAUUGGAUUAUUCCUUAAAAGUUCUGGAAUUUUUGCCUAAAAAAGGCGGGCGAAUUUUAUAUAAAUUAUUAGCAGGGGUCGCAAAAAGUUUAGAAAAAAGUCAGGAACAACCAGCCAAUUUCUAUCUCCAAAAAGUAGAAGUGAACCAAGGAAAAAUCCAAAAAAGGGUCAUUUAUCGGGCCAAAGGCCGCACUAACCGCAUCAGAAAGAGAUAUAGUUUGAUUAAUUUGUAUUUGGGUCAAAAAGAAACGGUUGCUAAUGAAAAAGCACUCAUAAAAAAUAAGAAGUUAAAAUCACUUAAUUUAUUCGGUAAUGAGAUAGGGGAGGUGGAUUUUUCUCUGCUUGCUUCUUUUCCUAAUUUAGAAUCAAUAAAUCUAAGGAAUGUGGCUCUUAAUCUUUUACAACAAUUAGUAGACUCGAAAAAAAGGAUUGCUGAGUUGGAAGAACAAAUUAAACAAUUACAACAAAAUCUAGAACAACGAGCCGAAAUUGUUAUAGAGAAACGAGCAAUGAAAAAAAGCUUAAUAUUUUUAGAAUCGGCAACUAAAAAAAAGACUAUUCAAUCCUUUUUGGGUGAAGAAUAUGUGAUAUUUGCCACCGGCGGGCAUUUAUGGGAAUUAAAAAAAACGGGAGUAUAUAAUUUAGGAGUGGAUUUAGAAAACUUUCAGCCCUCCUACGAGAUAAUUGCCGAAAAAAAAAAUUUGAUUGAAAAAAUUUUAACAAUUUAUCUGGCCACUGACCCCGACCGGGAAGGAGAAGCCAUCGCCCAAGAAACCGCAAAAUCAUUAGGAAUAGACCCCAUUAAAUGCCAGCGACUACUUUUUUAUGAAAUAACCCCUCGCAGUAUUAAGGAAGCCUUAAGUAAUCCUUUGACUAUUAACCAGAAUUUGGUCGAAUCCCAACUUUCUCGCCAAGUAUUAGACCGCAUGAUAGGUUUUUGUCUUAGCACUAUUUUACAAAAAAAAUUACAAGCCCUAUCGGCCGGUCGGGUUCAAUCGGUAGUUUUGAAAUUAAUUAUUGAACGGGAAGAAUUGAUUAAACAAUUUGAAAAGAAAAAACUCUAUAUUCUUUGUGGUCUGUGCCAGGUCAACCAACAAAAAAUAACUCUCAAACAAGUGGAUGAGGCAGGAGAAUUGAUCCUUUACAAAGAGAAAAGUGUCGCCGAAGAAAUUAAAAAAAAAUUGAGUUUAAUUUUUCAACUAGCCGGCCAAAAAGAAGAAAAAAAGUUCAUUCUCCCCAAGCCUCCCCUUAUCACUUCUUUAUUAUUAUUCGAAGCCAAAUCACAAUUAGGGUUUUCGGUGGCUCAAACCACGCAAAUAGCCCAAAAAUUAUACGAGGGGGUUGGAUUAAUUACUUAUCCCCGAACGGACGCUACUCGUAUUAAUCAGGAGUUCGCAAGUUUUAAUUAUGUUAAUACUAACCCGGCUUGGAAAAAAAAAGAAAAAACCCUUAAUGUUCAGGGAGCCCACGAGUCCAUUCAUCCUACUUAUUUAGAUUACCAGCCCGAAGAAAUUAAAAGUUCCUUAACGGAGGAAGAAUACAAAUUAUAUAAGUUGGUAUACAAUCACACUCUUGCCAGUUUAAUGACCCCGGAAGUUUAUUUUCCUAAUUAUAACGUUAAAUUAAAGAGUGAAUUGAUUGUUCUUUGGUCUCCGGCAAUGCCUGGCAUUUCCCAACUAGAAGCCUAUAAAAUUGAAGUCCAAGAAUAUCAAGAAAAUAAACCGGUCCGUUAUAAUGAAGGUAGCCUGGUUCAAGAAUUAGAAAGAUUGGGGAUUGGUCGUCCUUCUACUUAUAAUUUGUUCGGUCGAGUAUUGUUGAAAAGAGGUUAUGCAGAAUUGAAUGAAAAAGGACAAUUCAUUCCUACUCCUUUGGGAAUUGCGGUUAAUAAUUGA